UACACAUUCACAGAAGGAAGAGGACUGCACGGUUUUUCACAGCGCAUCACUACACUUAUUCUUCUCUUGCAUUAAAGUCUCAGCUCAUAGAACACCAGUCAUUUAUAUCUUAUCAAGACGUAUGCUCUGUUCUGGAAGUUGUUACACAGUAGAAAAACACACAUAACUCCACCCAGCUGAGACCUCCUACAUCCUCAUACUCCCAUGAGCUUUUCACACGCCCCCACCAUUCACUACUGCAUGACAGAAAACACCAAAACCACCUCACAUUUCUCUCUAACUGACCUGGCGCUGAACCCCCGAGCGGACAGACAGGCAAACGCGUUCAUAUCAAAUGUGGAGCGUGGACCAGAGACAAUAUCAAAGUAAAAGACACAAAAAGAAGACAAACUAGAAAAGUGAAACCACUCUGUGGACCCAGGCAGACUGAAGUGAUGUUGGUAAUGACACUAAUGAUGCUGCUGAUCGCUACGAUAAAGACGGCAGCAGCCUCGGCGCGCGGCUCUGAAAUGGACAUUAGACCUGGAUUUCAUCCCAGUUUGGCCAAACAAACCUCGUGCCCGUCUUGCCAGGUCAUGUUUGGAGUCACGGCGUUUCCCUCCAACAUCUCCAGCGCCCAGUGCCUGGAAGUUAAGCAGACGCAGAUCAGAGAGAUUCAGCAGGGCGCCCUCUCCAGCCUCCAGCACCUAAUGGAACUGACCAUAUCCGAGAACGACAUGCUGGAGAGUAUCGGUGCUUUUGCCUUUUCUGGCCUCCCUAAGCUCACCAAAAUUUUAAUAUCUAAAAAUGCUGCUCUGAGGAAUAUCGGGGCUUUUGCUUUCUCCGACCUCCCUGAACUCAGUGAGAUAAUCAUAACAAAGUCAAAACACCUGAGUUCCAUCCACCCCGAUGCAUUCAGGAACAUGGCAAGACUACGGUUCUUGACUAUCUCCAACACCGGGCUCAGGAUUUUUCCAGACUUUUCCAAGAUCCACUCCACCGCCUGCUUUCUGCUGGAUCUUCAGGACAACAGCCACAUAAAGAGAGUCCCUGCCAAUGCCUUCAGAGGCCUCUGCACUCAAACCAUCGCAGAGAUACGGCUCACCAGAAAUGGCAUUAAGGAGGUGGCAAGUGACGCCUUCAACGGAACAAAGAUGCACAGAUUGUUCCUAAGAGGCAACCGACAGCUUACUCACAUGAGUCCCAGUGCCUUUGUGGGUUCCAGUGAGUUGGUGGUACUAGACGUCUCCGAAACAGCCCUCGCCUCUUUGCCAGACUCGAUCCUUGGAGGCCUCAAGAGGCUGAUCGCCGAGUCAGCCUUCAACCUGAAAGAACUUCCUCCUCUUCAGCUCUUUGCCAAACUGCACCAGGCAAAGCUGACAUACCCAUCACACUGCUGCGCCUUCCUGAACAUGCACCGAAACAGAUCGGGAUGGCACUCACUGUGCGACAACCCCGAGGCUAAAAAUAACCUGCACUUCUUCAGGGAAUACUGCUCCAACUCCACCUCCAUCACCUGCAGCCCAGCCCCUGAUGACUUCAACCCCUGUGAAGAUAUAAUGUCUGCUGCCCCCUUACGCAUCCUUAUCUGGAUCAUCUCUGUCCUCGCCCUGCUGGGCAACGCAGUAGUUCUCCUUGUAUUGUUAGGCAGCCGCUAUAAGCUGACUGUUCCUCGAUUCCUCAUGUGCCACCUGGCCUUUGCUGACCUCUGCAUGGGCAUCUACCUGGUAGUCAUUGCAACCGUGGAUAUGCUCACACGUGGACGGUACUACAACUAUGCUAUAGACUGGCAGAUGGGCUUGGGCUGCAAUGCUGCAGGCUUCUUCACGGUGUUCGCCAGUGAGCUGUCAGUGUUUACCUUAACAGCAAUCACCGUGGAGCGCUGGCACACCAUCACGCAUGCUCUGCGACUUGACCGCAAACUUCGCCUGAGACAUGCUUGCAUCAUCAUGACAAUAGGCUGGAUCUUCUCCUUGCUGGCUGCACUGCUGCCCACAGUUGGGAUCAGCAGCUAUGGCAAAGUGAGCAUCUGCCUCCCCAUGGAUGUUGAGUCCCUGGUCUCCCAGUUCUACGUGGUCUGUGUUCUCCUCCUCAACAUCUUGGCGUUCUUCUGUGUGUGCGGCUGCUACCUCAGCAUCUACCUCACCUUUCGCAAGCCUUCAUCAGCGCCAGCCCACGCCGACACCCGUGUGGCUCAACGCAUGGCCGUCCUCAUCUUCACAGACUUUAUCUGCAUGGCUCCGAUCUCCUUCUUUGCCAUCUCAGCUGCCCUCAAGCUGCCUCUCAUCACCGUCUCAGACUCCAAGCUACUGUUGGUGCUAUUCUACCCCAUCAACUCAUGCUCCAACCCCUUCUUAUAUGCCUUUUUCACCCGUAACUUCAGAAGGGAUUUCUUUCUCCUCGCAGCUCGCUUCGGGCUGUUUAAGACUCGAGCGCAGAUUUACCGGACAGAGAGUUCCUCGUGUCAGCAGCCAGCGUGGACCUCUCCAAAGAAUAGCCGUGUUAUCUUGUAUUCCUUGGCCAAUACGCUAAGUCUAGAUGGAAAACAAGAGUGCUGACUUUUACCCACAUUUACAGGUAUGGACUUUUCGCCUUGAUUGCAUAUUAUAUCGAUACAAACAGGCUGCUAAUUCCUUAAAAUGAUGCCUCAGAUCAUGAAUUUUGAUCACUACCUGGGAAAUUAUAUCUGUCUACUUAGACCAGAAAGAUCUAAGAAAAAACGCAAAAGGCAACCAAGUGAAAGGCAAAAGAGCUGAGAACUCAUUUUUGACAAUUUGACCCAGGAGUCUGCAACGCAGUGAUCGUUAAAAUAAACAAUGCUCUUGCUCUUGCUUCUGUUUGUGCUCCUAAUCUGAUUCUGUGUUUAUUGGGCUUGAGCCAGUGAAAGCUUCCACUGAAGACUGCUCUUCGGUUAAUAAAUAGCAUCCAGAGACCCAGCGCUCAACAGAAGUGAUGAUCUUCCAUAUAAAGAUGUGGGUCAGUUCAACAAAGACGUUGAUGCUUGUCUCUGUGCAAGUCUGAGAUCUCUGUUAGGGAUGUACAUGUACAAGUGGUCAAGAUUGGACUUCCAGGCCAUGAGACCAGAGGUGUACAAGUCACAAAAAGCUUUUUAUAAAAUUAUGUUUAUAUGUCGCCACAAUCUGAGCAGUUCAGACCCAAGAGAAAGCAUGCAUACCAUGUUCCCACCUCUCUUUUAAGGUUACACAUAAAUCACCAUGUUUCAAUCAUAAUAGUAUCAGCUGACUAUUCAGCACAAAGUAGACACGGUGUUCAGUGGCGUGUCUAAACUUGGUUACCUGAGCUAUGCACUGCAGCAAUCCAUGCAAACAUGACCACAAAAGAACUAAUUAUACACUCACUGGCCACUUUAUUAGGUAUACUUGUUUGGCUGCUUGGUAAUGCAAAUACUUAAUGAGCCAACCGCAUGGCAGCAGCUCAGUGCAUUCAGACACGUAAACUGGGGCAUUUUCAAGAUUUUUUAAAUGUGGUGGCACGGCAGAGACCAAGAAUACAGUAGAGGGGGAAAUUUAAAUAUUUGAUUUGCAAAAAGAUCAGAAAACUGACAGAAAUUAUUGGGUAUGAUUUUUGGUGUGCAACCUUGUGUUUUAUUACAAGUUUAUUGUGUGAAAAGUGGUGGGGAAAAAGUAUUUAGACUUAACCUAAGUAAAAGUUGUAAUUGCACUUAAACAGCUUAAUAGUUCACAAGUUAUAUAAUCAAAAUGUAUUCAAAGUGCCUGAAGUAAACACACUCUUUAUAUAGAAUGGCUAUUUUUUUCUCGUCUCUUUAACGAGGCAGCUGUUGAUGAGUUUGAUUCCUGAUAUAUUGUUCAAUAGGUUCAUUUAUUUAAAAAAAUACAAUUAAUGUACAAAAUAAAAAGAAGCUAAAGCUUUAAAAUAAGUAUUAUGUAGUAUUAAAUUAUAACAAUUGUAUCCAAAAUAAAAUGGAAUCAAAAGCGGAAAGUAACAUAACAAGGAAGCAUUUAAAUAAAGUACAAGUACAAUAAAUCUCUGCUUCAGUAAAUUACUGGAGUAAAUAUACUCACAUUUCUAAUUGUUGAUACCAAGCUUUCAUCCAAUGGUGUUGACCAUUGCAAGAUUACUAAAGGGGAGGGGCACUCCAAGCUCCUCCCCCUCUAAACAUGCCUCUAUGUAAACAUAAUCAAGACAACCUGCUAAAGUUGAAAAUGAGCAUCAGAAUGGGGAAAAAGGUGAUUGAAGUGACUUUGAUAGUGUCAUUGUUUAUGGUGCCAGAUGGUCCCACAUGUCGCCACAAUCUGCUGGCUGUACUGCAAACUGAUAGGAAAGCAACAGUAACUUAAAUAACUUCUGUACAAUCAAGGUGUGCAAGUUAUGUAAGAAAACUGGGCAUUGCUUAGUCUGAGAACUCUUGAUUUCUAUUCUGACAUUCUUAUAGUAGGUUCAGAGUUUGAUGUAAGUGAGCAAACUGAGUCACAAAACUCAGAUCAUCUAAAACUGAUUUCUUGAAAAUGAAAAGGAGUUCACCACAGUCACCACAUUUCACUCCAGCAGAGCACCUUUGGGAUGUAGUCAAAUGGGAGAUCAUCAUCACAGAUGUGCAGCUGAUAAACUUGCAGCACCUGUGUGAUUCUAUCACAUCAAUAUGGACCACAAUCUCUGAGGAAUGUUUCCUCCACUCAAUUCCAGUUGAAUUUCUUUUAAAAAUUAAGACAGUGUGAAGACAAAGGGGUGUUCAACCUAGCAAAAUGUACCUAAUAAAGUAGCUAGUGAGUGUAGUUGGACUAAAUCUGGGUCAAACAGCUCUUCUAGAUACCCAUGGGUUCCUUUUAACUCAAGUGAUGUGCCAGAUGGGUGGCAGUGGCAGUAAAAGAAGAAAAGAAUGGAGGGGGGAGAAAACUAAUGACUUCAUCUACUAUGUAACAAACACCAUCCGUCUGGCAUCCCGAGAUAAUCUAACAAAGUAAAAUGCUCCAGAAUGUUUUUUAAGCAGGUUGAAUGCUUGGGAUUUCAGCAUAUGCACACUGCAAAAAAACAUAUUCAUUCAACAUUCAGUGCGGUGAUUGAAUGAUAUUCAUUAAGAAGAACACUGCAGGGACCUGCUGAUUAACAAUCUCCACAUACACCCAGUCUACUGAACCUCUCGAUGUCUACAAUUUGCCACCAACUCCGUCUAUUUUGUAAGCCCCAGACCUGUAAUUAUCUUUGAAAUGUAAUUAUGUUUACGUUUUCAAACAAACAUCCCAUUAAGUGUCACUUUUGAAUCUGUUUUUCUGAAGAAUAUUUCAAUGUGCUGUUUUUUUACACUAUUUUAUAAAGUGUUUUAUUAUAUCCUC